AUGAAUAAAUUGAUCUUUAUAACUGUUCUUGCCACAAUCGCCUAUGGGGUCAUUGCUGCAGGUGAUGACGAUGCCCAUGCCGAGACUUUGAAAUUCGACAGCAACAUAGACCACGAGGGGAACUACAAAUAUUUCUACGAGACUUCCAAUGGCAUUAAAGGCGAAGAAGAAGGUACUGGAGGUCAUCAUGCUAGGGGCAGCUUCUCUUUCUACUCCCCUGAACACGAAGAAUUCCAAGUGCAAUAUGUUGCUGACGAGAAUGGUUUUCAGCCCAGUGCCAAACAUUUGCCCACACCCCCUCCAAUUCCAAUCGAGAUUGUCAAGUCAUUGGAAUAUCAACGUGACCACCACUAUCAGCCUGAAUACUAG